GGUGUGCGCGUCGUUGGCAUCGCAUACGCGGGUUUGCUGUGCUGUGCGCUGCUCUCCCUUCAGUGCCAACUAAAUGCUUGCUCGCGACGGUCGUCAGUGUUUCGGUAUUAUAGUGCGCGGCUGCACGGGAACAUCACGCCCGGGGGUUUUAAGGGUGACCAAGAGUCAGAGUGAGUGAGUGAGUGAGUGAGAGAGAGAGAGCGAUAGAAAGAGAGGUACAAGAGAACAACAGAAACGAAACGGAACGAAACCAGAAGUAGAAGAGCAAAAAACAAGCGUCGCUCAGUUCUUGUUUUCCCUGUACCCUUUUUGUUUUGCUGACCUGGGUGGGUGCGUUUGUGUGUGUGUGUGUUUGUGGACCUUGUUUAUGGUCGGAAGAAUAGGGGGCGACAUCACACAAAUCACAUCAAUCAACGCGUGUGGUGCAUCAGCGACUACAAGUGGAAUAUAAGUUGGAAGUUGUAAAGUGCGUGCGGAAGUGCGGUCUUCUACCAUACCAAAAAACGGAAGUUUGCAAUAUAUUGUUGUGAUCGGUGUUACAAAUACAUCGGAGCACAAACAGAACGUGCCUACCUUGGCAUUACGGCGCCAUGUGCAGUGUGGUGCGAUGUGCGCUAACGUCUAGCCAGAACGAGAAUCACCCAUCAACAACCUGUGUCUGCUGCUAGUAAAGGUGGACCACCGGACGGUGUCUCCUCGUAUACGUCGUACACCUCGUACACCAAACAACCCAUUCAACCUACCCACCGAACAACCGACCGACCGGGAAACGGCGCACCAGAAAUGGAAAGUGACGAAAAGAAGGAUCAGGUGAAAGAACCGGCACCAUUCUCCUACAUGCGGGGUUCGGACCCGAGGGUGGCUACGUGCCGCGGUAAGCUGCAGAGCAAGCGGUGCAAGCUUAACCAGGAAAUCAACAAGGAGCUCCGGCUGCGGGCCGGUGCCGAAAACCUUUACAAGGCCACCACCAACAAGAAGCUCAAGGACACGGUAGCAUUAGAGCUGAGCUUCGUCAACUCUAACCUGCAGCUGCUGAAGGAGCAACUGUCCGAGCUGAACUCCUCCGUCGAGAUCUACCAGAGUGAAGGUCUCGACUACGUUAUACCGAUGAUACCGCUCGGGCUGAAGGAAACGAAGGAGGUAAACUUUAUGGAACCAUUCUCGGACUUUAUCCUGGAGCACUACAGCGAACCGUCACACAUCUACGAGGAUGCAAUUGCCGACAUUACCGAUACGAGACAGGCCGCAAAAACACCAACCCGAGAUGCGCAAGGUGUAUCGCUACUGUUUCGCUACUACAACCUGCUGUACUACGUGGAGCGACGCUUCUUUCCGCCGGACCGUAGCCUGGGCGUGUACUUCGAAUGGUACGAUUCACUGACAGGCGUACCCUCGUGCCAGCGGACGGUCGCGUUCGAGAAGGCCUGCAUACUGUUCAAUCUGGCCGCCAUCUACACGCAGAUCGGGGCCCGCCAGGACCGCUCGUCCGAGAAGGGUUUGGAUGCGGCGGUGGACAACUUUCUGCGUGCGGCUGGCGUGUUCCGCCAUAUCUUCGAUACGUUCACGAAUGCACCAUCGAUGGAUUUGAAGCCACAGGUGCUGGAGGUGCUAGUAGCGCUUAUGCUCGCCCAAGCACGCGAGUGUUUGUUCGAGAAGUUGCUGCUGCAGGUGGAAAAUCUUCCCGCCGGUAGAGAGUGUGUGCAGAAUCAUCGUGAUCUUUCCGGUGAAGCGACGCAACUGGCUCUAGAAUAUAGGGAGAUACAUCAGAUUAUUCACAGCAAUGAUGCACACACAUAUCUACCAGAAUGUUGGGCAGGACUAGUUCCGCUCAAAUCCGAAUACUACAAAGCACUGGCCCACUAUCACGCAGCAAAGACGAAAGUCGGAUCGAGCAACGCAAACGAAGACAGCUCACUGAUCAGCAACACCGGCAACAGUAAUCGGUGCAAGCAGCAACAGCAGCAGCAACGGUACGGCCGUGGUCUCGAACCGAAGGAUACGUUCAUUUUCGACGAAACAUCGUUCGAGUCCGAUCUCGACCCAACCGCGGUCCGGCGGGCGCACCUGCGUGAAUCACUCUCUAGUCACGAGGAAGCACAACGGCUCCAGCGUAUGUGCCGCGAGCUGAAGAACAAGAUCGCCCUCUCCAAGGUGCUAAACUACGCGCACGAACGGACCAGCGAGGAGCUGGAGGAGCUCGAGAUCGAUCGGACCUGCACCGUCAGCUCGAACCUGUCGUCCGCGCUGGACGAUUCCGACCUGGACGUGCUGGACGUAACGCUGAACGCGACCUCCAAGUUUACGAUCUCGCUCACCGGGCCCGACUUUACGAUGCACAAAAUUGAGGACCCGUUCCGGAAGCUCGGUCCGAUUGCGAUCUUCUCCGCCCGACGUCACUGGACGGCACCGCGCAGCGUGCGGCUGCAGAAAGGUGGCACAUCGUUCAUGCUCGGCGGUGGUACGCUCGAUCGCCGACAGCCGUACCGGGACGGGGCCAGUGUGGGGAACAGUAGCAGCAGCCGAAGCAGCAGCAACCAGCUGCAGCGCAAUCAAUCGAGCCGGUGCUGUGGCGAGUGUGCCAACAAGACGAACUACUACAACGAUAGCCGGGCGUGUGACGUUUGUCUGAAGGAUGUGUGCAACGUGUCGGAGCGGGAGUUCCGGGAGCUGAAGCUGCAGGACGGUGCCGACCAGCAGACGGUCGGCAGUGAGAGCGACGACGGUAGGGAUAUUAGCAGCUUCGGCUUUAACGUGCGCGGUGAUGCACCGGUCAUGAUAUCGACGGUGGAAAUCAAUUCCCUGGCAGAUCUGGGUGGCAUUAAGGAAGGUGACUUUAUCGUCGAGCUGUGCGGUGUUGACGUCAAGUGGUACACGCUCCAGCAGGUACUGAAGCUCAUUCGCAACUGUGAAAACAGUCUCGAACUGAAGGUCAUUACACCGAUGGAUCGGAACUAUCUGAAGCCAAUGGCGAUGAGUCACAGCAGCAAGGGUUCCAUCUCGACGCUGUCCGGCAGCUCGUCCGGCAUCUCGUCCGGUGCACCGUCCCCGACCGGUACCACCACCAAAUCGACCAAGACACGCUCCAAGCUGGGCAAAACGCGCCUGAGCAGCUUCACCUCCGGCAACUGGAACCCGUUCCGGCGAACGCAAAGCUUGGGCAAGAUAUUCUGAUCGAACCGUGCUUUUGUUAACAAUUUUAAGAAACAGUCCCAUUCACCGUACAAUGAAUGUGUCUGCCAUGCCAUUUCCGUAAAGCAAACAGUGUAUAGUGUAGUAGAAGUAUGCUAAACUGUGCGAGUAGUAGUGUAUGUUAUUAAAUAGUAAGCUUAACAGAGAUUACUUUUAGGUAGUGCAAAACGAUUGCGAUAGUGCGGACGGGAGAGGAACACACUGGAACAAAGUGUAAGAAAGAAUUAAAUAGAUACAUCAUGAAAACUGUGCUGUAGAGUUUAGUGGUUCCAAGACAAUAAAAUUUUACACAUAAUAAAUCUUAUAACCAUAUAAAGCAAUAACCAUAUCGUCUAGUUUUAAUAAUAAAAGAUGUGCUAAAUCGGUUUCA